AUGCAUCUCCAGGACGUCAUUCUGAAGACGCACCUGGAGGUGCAAGGCUUCUGCACCGUCCGUUGGCUGUCUCGCGGAGAUGCUGUGAAUCGCUUCUGCGACGUGCUGCCGGUGCUGAUGUGGAUGUGGACGAAGGAGAAGGACGGGAUGGAGAAACUCGCUACCAGCUUCAAGUUCCACUACAUGCUUUACCUCCUGGCUGACGUGCUGCAGCUGCUCAACGGACUCAAUCUUGCCUUCCAGAAGCAGGCGGUCGACAUCACAGAGGUGAAGAAUCACGUCGACAAGGUGAAGACCAAGCUGUCGCAGUACUACGUCGAGCCCAGCGCAUCCUACGGGCCGAACACCUCUCGCCUGAACAAGUUCCUUGCUGCACACGGCAGCAAGGACAAGCGCAAGAUGGAGCUCAAGGGAGUGGGUGGCGACGGCAAACCUGCAAAAGCCGAGAUCGAGCUCCACGAGGACAUCAUCGACCCUGAAAACCCGGGGGGGGGAUGCGACUUGGAGGCCUGCGUGGACCUGGCGCGGCGUUUCGCUCAGCGACUGAUUAAGGCGCUGGGGAAGAGGAUGGCGGACCUGCGCCAUUUCGAUGGUGUUGGGAUUUUCACCCCUGAUAAGUAUCCCUUCCGUGCAGGAGAGCAGGACACAUGGCUGCAGCACCAUCUCACCGAGCUCCUGGACAUGUUCAAGAACCAGCUACCUGGAGUCGCUCUUGCUGACAUAGAGCCGCAGAUGCGCCUCUUCACAGCCACCAUGGAGAAGAAGUUCAAGAAGCAAAGCUUCCAUCAGGCUCUCACCAACAUGCUGCGCACUGCAGACUGGAAGGAUGACUAUCCCACCAUAGUCUCUCUCUGGCGUGCGGUCUCUGUGUUGCCCCUCAGCACUGUUGAGUGUGAGAGGGGCUUCUCCCGCCAAAACAUUAUUAAGUCGUGGGAUCGUGUUGCUCUUACUGAUGUUAGGCUGGGGGAGCUGAUGACGGUGAAGAUGCUAGACUACCCGGUGGACUGGGCAGCGGCCUAUGCCUUGUUUGAGGAUAAGGGGAGGAAGGGGAGGAAGCCUGCCAACUAG